ACUUCCAUUCUGUCAGUGAUAGACUAUCUAGUGAUAACAUGCCUCCACCCCUCAAUCACCCCAGUCUGGAACUUCAGCUACUGGCUCAGACUUUCUUCGUUAAGCAGUUCCCAGUAGAUGCAGGCGUUCCAGCUGCAGUCGCAAGCGGGCUUAAUGCCGCUCAUGAAACUCCAGGCAUCUUCUCUAUCACCAGAACCCGAGAAGAGAUUUCCAUUGUUGGUGAAGCUGUUGGCGACGAUGGUGAAUGGAAAUGCAUCAAGAUAGCAGGCCCCAUGGAAUUUGGGUUGACUGGUGUAAUCUGUAAUUUCACGACGCCGCUGAGAGAUGCUAAUGUCCCGGUGUUCGCAGUUUCGACAUGGAAUACCGAUUAUGUUUUGGUUCCUAAAGAGAAGGCCGACGCCGCCGUUGCAGCAUUAACGGAGGAUGGCUGGAAGUUCCGAGAGAAUUCUGAAUCUUCAACGAGCGCGUAGUACUAGUCUAGCCAGGCCUGCAGCUUGUAGCGCAUAAAAACAUAUGCAUAAAGUGUGGAACAAGUGUG